AUGUCUUGUCCCAACAACAAUUCAGCCCAGUAUGACUCUCUCCCAGAUGACGGUCUAUUGGAUGCUCAUACUAAUGUUGAAAGACCCACUCAAAACCAUCAGAACGAUACGUCUGGGCAGCUCAAUGCCCUUAACUUGGCUCAAGUGCCGGGCGGCGGGAACCGCCCUGGUUUCGAGAGAUUUCAUGACUGCCAUGCCGCAGACGAGUCAUACUAUGCGUUGGCACGAAUGCAGGAUCGUCCUGCGCAUGAAGUGAGGUUGAAGGAACAAAUUCGUCGGGUGGACGGGUUGAUGCGAUAA